GUGUAAUCAUAACGUUCAAUGUUUAUUACGUUUAUUUGCUAUAGAUAAGUUGUUUUGUUGUUGUUUUUUUCAUAGAUUUACAACAAUGAUUAUUGUACAGCGGAAAAUAGAACAAUUAAUUGUCUUGACAAAGGAUAAUAAAUGGUUGCUGACAACUUUCCUUAUAUUAGUAACCAUCAAUUCCGCCCGACCUGAAACAGAAUGUCCCUCAUAUAAGCCUUACAAGACCGACGCUGGUUGUGUAGCUAAAUGCCCGCAAGAUUUUGUUAUUAAUGGUACCAGCUGUAAUGUAACCUGUGGUAGCUGGUUUACUGAUGAAAACAGAGUAUGUCAGCCGGAGUGCAAAGAAGAUCACUUUAUUAAGGAGAAACUUAGGGCAAUAGGUUGGUAUCCGUACAUAUAUCUAGAGAAGCAAUGUAUCCAGUCGUGUGCGUGGUCAGAAUUAGUAUUCAACCGAACCUGUGUAGAAGCAUGCCCAGCAGGAUUUACUUAUUUUGUAAACGAUUCAUGUUUAGAAAAAUGCCCAAAUGAGUUUUCAUAUCUUAUAAAUGUAACAAAAGGUAAUAAUAUUCUCCAUCGUAAGUGUACUAAAACAUGUCCUUAUUUAAAAAACAACAAUUAUUGUGUAUCUUCGUGUCCGGUAGACAAAAGGCAACUUAACUGGCAGUGCGUUAACACAUGCCCACAAACAUACCAAUUCAUGGAUGGAAAUAGAUGCGUUGAGCAAUGUCCUUUCGAGAGAAAGUUUGAUUCAAACAAAACCUGUGUUUCCUCGUGUCCAUCGCAUUUACCAAUUCUACAAAAUACUUCAUGCGUUGCGAAUUGUUCCAAAGAAUUCAUGUUUGUCGACAAGCUUUUGGAUGGAUCUAAAAUCUGUGUGGACGUUUGUGGAAAGGAAAAUAAGUUUGUCCUUAAUAAUGAAUGUGUACCAAAGUAUCCAAGACUUACGUUCAAUAGAACUUGUGUAGAAAAAUGCCCAGAUCAAAGUCCAAUUAUAAAUAAUGUAACAAUUGGCAGAAAUUGUAUAUUUGGAAACAUAUGUUCCGAAUUAUUUUAUUAUGAUGCGUGCGUUGGAAAAUGUCCAAACGAGAAGUAUUUCCUUGUACAUCAAAAUAUUUGUGUAGAUAUAUGUUCAGUGAAUACAGUUUUGGCAAAUAACACUUGUUUACAGUCGUGUGGUGUGCUAUCACCAUAUGUGGAGAAAACAUAUGUCGACUAUUUUAUUUGGAGUACUUUGUAUAAGUAUUUUGACAGACAAUAUAGAAAAGUUUGGAAAAAGGAUUAUGUGAAAACGUCUGUCUUUAAAUGCGUAGAAAACUGCAGUAAUGAAACAUUAUACUUCAAUUAUACAUGCGUUGUUAAUUGUCCGAUGGAAACUGAAUUGUCAAACUCCUUUGAAGUGCCUUGGAAUCUUACUUCAAUAUAUAUUAGGAACGGAAGAACAUGUGUAAGGGAAUGUCCUAUUGAUAAACAAUUCAUUGUGAGACAUUUCAUAAAAGAUACAGUAAACUCAUAUUUAAUUUGUAUGGCCAACUGUCCAGAAAACACAUAUAUUCACAGAAAUAUGUGUCUUCCUCAUUGCCCUGAAUUCAUGUUUGAUCAAGGAAACCUUUGUGUUAAUAAAUGCCCACGCAUACGUCAUUUGCUAGAAGAACGUACGCUAACCAUUUAUUCAACGGUAAAAAGACAAUCUACUAAGAUAUCGAUGUUUCAGUGUGUGGCCUCUUGUGACACCGACUUUAUAAGCAAAAAUGUGUGUGUAAAGUUCUGUCCCGAAAAUAAUCCAUAUAUAGAUAGAAACUAUUGUCAUAAUAACACGUGUGGUAAAUUGUAUGAACAACAGACAUCUAAAGGUAUAUUGUGUGUUACAGAAUGUCCAAACGGCACGGUCAUCAAUUUUAAUAAAUGCUCAACAAGUUGCUCUAGGGGAGCUGCAUUACACCAGAAAAGUUGUUUGCAUACAUGCCCGAAACUAUAUCUGUAUAAUAGUGAGAUAAAAAUGACAAUGACUUUGUGGACAACAGGGGAAAAUGUAGGAUGGCUUGCGAAAACCUUUUCUGUGGUUAGGUACGAGUGCCUCAAAACAUGUCAUAGUAAGCAAGUUGUCGAUACAAAUAUGAAAUGUACUAAUUAUUGUCCUCCAGAAGAAAAUUAUCUUGAUGGUAUUUUUUGCCAUAAUAAGACAUGCGGAGAGAAAUAUGAAAACAAAACAUCUACAGGUAUUAGCUGUUUAGAAAAAUGUCCAAAUGAAACAGUCCAUUUAAUGAAUAAGUGUUCUACACAAUGUUCCGAAAAAUACAAAUACAUUCUAGAUACUACAUGCGUUGAAGAAUGUCCUCCCUUUAGCAAACUUGUGAUCAAUUCAAGUCUGAAUAUUUUUAGUAUAGCCAGCGUUUUUCAUGAAUAUCUAGAACAUAAAGGAUUGACGUGUUUAUCUAAAUGUCCAUAUUGGACCUUGCAACAUGGUAAUAUCUGUACCGCAAAGUGUCCGGAAGAAUUAGAGUAUGAAUAUGAUUUAAAAUGUGUCGAUACAUGUCCACGCUCUAGUCCAUUAAUAGUUGAUACUUCGGACGACCUUUUAUUUUCUUCAUAUAGACAGAUAAGCAAAUAUAGAUGUUUAUCACGUUGUGAAAACAAUAAGCUUUACCAGAAAGAUAAGCAAAAAUGUAUAUACGAAUAUUCAUGCAAAUAUCCGUAUAUUGAACAUGAUGGUCAGUGCUUAACACAUUGCCCAAAAGGAUAUAAAUGGUUUAAUGGAUGUUUUAAUGUGACUGCUACAAUUAUUUCAUUAAUAUUUCUGAGUGUGUUGACGUGUCUAUGUUUUGUCAAUUGCCGAGUUCUACUGAUAGAAACCAAUGAAUUCCUAGGAAUAUGCCGUCAAUAUACACAGCAUGAUAAAAAUGUCAUAAAACCAAACAUUCUGUUAUUACAUAUGAAGAAAGAAGACAUGAAUGUACGGACGGUAUCAGAGGAUACACCUUCUGAAGUCUGUCUGGACACAUUAAGUUUACAUUUGGCCGACGGAAGCCAUAUAAACAAAUGCUUCGAGGAGGAAACAAAUGUUUAACAGCCCUAAAUAGAAUUGUUAUAUAAUGAUUCAACAUAUAUCAGAGUGUUAUUAAUGUAUGUGAUUAUGAUGUUAUCAGUUUCAGUGUUUCAAACAAGGAUAUAAGCAUUUUUAAAGAUAUAAGUAUUUUAAAGAUAUAAGUAUUUCAAAGAUAUAAGUAUUUCAAAGAUAUAAGUAUUUUAAGUAUUUUUAAAACGCACACAACUAAUAGUAAGAAUGAAAACUUAAUAAAAAUAAAGGAUGUAAAAUCCUGAAGGUCCCCAAUGAUUAGGCAUGUUAUAAGUCGACAUUAGUUUAUGCAAUCGUCCUUCCAUGCUCCCUUGAACUGGUAUUUUCAGAACUCGUCAUUUAAGUAUGUAAACGGUGUUAAUUUGAGAAACUAGAAAUAAGACAAGAACCUUUUCUAACAAACCGAAAAUGGUACUUCAAACUUGCACAAGGUUAUAUAUUUAUUUUCAAAUAUUUGUAUUUCACAAUCACAAACCUAAAUUACUUUUUGACAUCAUGCUCUUGUGCUACAAACUUUGUUAAAGUGACAUUAUUUAUUUAAUUGAUUUUUAAUUUGUAUUCUACUUCACUUCUCUAUUUCUCUAUAAUCAAUAACCCAAGUAGUGCAUGGCGAAUUCUGUAAAUGCCCUUCAGAAUAUAUCUAUAAUUUUCACUUGAUCAAAAGAGUGCACGCAGUUUUUGUAUUUAAUCCUAACUGUUUAUAGUAUUAACUUUUGCUCGAUGACCAUAAUAAUAGUCAAUCUUUAGAAAUGUAAAUUUAAGUAUUCUGUAUUUGACAAUGUAAAUAAUGAACAUAAUGCCACUUAAAUUCAUUUUAUUUGUUCUUUAAUGUUUUAAACAUCAUAAAGUUGCAUACAACAUAAAUGCUAAACAAUUCAUAUUUAUUUUAUGUUGAUAAUGUUUAAUGUUACAAGGUGUACAUUGCAUGUUUAAUCUUUUCUUACGAGUCAGAAUUUUUGCAAAAGGUCUUUAAUAUCUGUAGAAUGUUCUUCCUAUUUCUUUUUGCACAGUCAUAGGUUGACGCAGUAAAAUAAAAAAAUUAAAUUGCAAGCCCUAGUAAAAAAAUUAGAAUUUUAUAUAAAUAUUAUUU